AAAACCAGGACCAGGACGCAAACCAGGACUUGCGACCAAGACGCGCAGCCAGGAUAAGCCACCAGGACGCACCACUAGGACGCACCGUCUCCCGCGAGCAGGACGCGCAUUCAGGACGCAGGACAAGGACGCAGGAACCGGGUGCCGAAACCAAGACGCAGGACCAGGACCCGAGACCCGGACGGAGGAGCAGGACGGGAAACCAGGACGCAAAACCAGGACUUGCGACCACACUGUAUUCCCUAACAGUUGUACUGGCUCAUAAUUUAUAAGGGUGGACUUGCAACCAGGACGCAGGACAAGUACGCAAAACCAGGACCAGGACGCACCACUAGGACGCGCAAACAGGAAUUACCACUAGGACGCAAAACCAGGACGCAGGACCAGGACGCGCAUUCAGGACUGGAGACCAGGACCAGGACGCGGAACCAGGACGCACCACUAGGACCUGCGACCAGGACGGGAGACCAGGACGCGCAGCCAGGAAAAGCCACCAGGACGCGCCACUAGGGCCGGGAAGCACCACCGGGACGCGCCGCCGCCACUAGGACCAGGACGCGCCUCUGCGCACCUCUCACCAUGCUGGAAACCAGGCCGAUCCGAGCGCCAUGAGUCCGGCCAACGCCACCGGGGGCCCGGGGGGCCCGGGCAGCGCGGGCCCGGGCAGCGCGGAGCGCUACAUGUUCGCCCUGGGAACCUACAGACUGCUCGCCUUCACCAUCGGGACCAUCGGGGUGUUCGGGUUCUGCAACAACGUGGUCGUCAUGGUCCUCUACUGCAGGUUCAAGAAGCUCCGCACUCCCACCAACCUGCUGCUGGUCAACAUCAGUCUCAGCGACUUCCUGGUCUCCAUCACCGGAAUAAACUUCACCUUCGCUUCGUGCGUCAAAGGCCGCUGGAUCUGGAGCCAGACGACGUGCGUGUGGGACGGGUUCAGCAACAGCUUGUUCGGCAUCGUGUCCAUCAUGACUCUGGCGGCUCUGGCCUACGAGCGCUACGUCCGGGUGGUGCACGCCCAGGUGGUGGACUUCCCCUGGGCCUGGCGGGCCAUCGCCCACAUCUGGCUGUACUCUCUGGCCUGGACCGGGGCCCCGCUGCUGGGCUGGAACCGCUACACCCUGGAGAUCCACCGGCUGGGCUGCUCCCUGGACUGGACGUCCAAAGACCCCAACGACGCCUCCUUCAUCCUCUUCUUCCUGCUGGCCUGUUUCUUCGUGCCCGUGGGGAUCAUGAUCUACUGCUACGGGAACAUCCUCUACACCGUGAGAAUGCUCCGCUCCAUCCAGGACCUCCAGACGGUUCAGAUCAUCAAGAUCUUGCGCUACGAGAAGAAGGUGGCUGCGAUGUUUCUGCUGAUGAUUUCCUGCUUCCUGGUGUGCUGGACGCCCUACGCCGUCGUGUCCAUGAUGGAGGCCUUCGGCAGGAAGAGCAUGGUCUCUCCCACGGUCGCCAUCAUCCCCUCGUUCUUCGCCAAGUCCAGCACGGCGUACAACCCCCUCAUCUACGCAUUCAUGAGCCGGAAGUUCCGGCGCUGCCUGCUGCAGCUCCUCUGCUCCCGGCUCUCGUGGCUCCAGCGUAACCUGAAGGAGCGGCCCCUGGCCCCGGGGGAGCGGCCCAUCCUGGCCCCGGUGCAGCGGCCCAUCCGCCCCAUCGUCGUCUCCGGCUCCUGCGGCGCCAGCAGGGACCGGCCCAAGAAGAGGGUCACCUUCAACUCCUCCUCCAUCGUCUUCAUCAUCACCGGCGACGACUUCCAGCAGCUGGACGUGACGUCCAAGGACGAGGAGACGACGCUGGUCAACGUCAUCCAAGUGAGGCCGCUGUGAUCCAGGACCAGGACUGGACUCUGGACUCCUCACCCCGACUCUCAGUCUGCCUUACGAGCUAACGUGGAAUUCCAAGCCAAAUAAUCCCGUCUGACCUCCCUGGAUGUUUCUGUGCCCACACACAGUUCCAGACUUUUAUACAACUGAGUGUAAAUACCUAACCGUUGACCCGAGGUCUCAACUAAACCCAUCAAAGCACUGCAAAAACUCAAAAUCUUA